AUGAAGGCACUCCUGAGCACAUGCCUCCUCUUGGCCCUGCUUUCUCCAGCAUUACCUCUGAACUGCAGAUCGGGGUUAAACAGGACUGGACUGACAUACCAUGACUAUUUAACAACAAAUUGUAACUUUGGUCAAGAUUUCUGUGUUGCCAGUGUUCUGCGUACAAAUAUAAUGAAAUUCCAAGUGCAACUUUUGAGUCAAUGCUCGUCAUCCAGAUACUGUUCCUCAGGCAAUUACAGCUUCACUGCAGGCGAUGGUAAAUUCUUUCAGAUGAAGAAGCACUGCUGCAAGACUGAACUGUGUAACAAUGCAAUUCUCAGCCUUCCUGAUCUCAACAUGCUGGCUGAAAAUGGUUUGCAGUGCCCAUCCUGCUUCUCCAAAGGAACCAUAAUGUGUAAAAGCAAGAAGCACAUCAACUGCCUUGAGAAUGAGACCCAGUGUAUUCAAGCCAAAGCAGUUCUUCUUACCGCUUCAUUUAAGGGCCCCAAGUUCACUUUCCAAGGUUGUGGAACAACAGAUUUUUGUGGCAUCACGAAAAAUGGAAGAGCUGCAGUUGGAGGUGGGAGCUUUGUCCUUUUUGUUACCCAAGAAAGAUGUUACAAUGCUCCACAAAUCUCACACCAGCCGGAACGUGAAGAGUGA